AUGGGAUUCAGACACUGGGUGAGACGUGGGACGGGCCAGGCUCUAUGGACCUUCCUGUGUGAGGUCGUGUGUGAGGACCUGUGUCAGCCAGACGACCCUCCGUUUGUUCUCCAGGAACAGAAGGGGUUACUGGUCCAUGCUCUGGCUGUCCUGUCCGUCCUGUAUGCGUGUCAGGACCAGGAAGCAGAGCACAGCGAAGCAGACACGCUUUUGCCUCUAGUUGGGAGCAUGUUGAGGGUGCUGCAGUACCAUAGAGAGGUCAGUUCAGGACCCGGACAGAAGGAGAAGAAGGAUGGACAGGAGGAGGAGGAGGAGAAGGUGGAUGAGCAGCUCCAGGCUCUGAUCCAGACAACGGUCGAGUUCCUCUCUGACAUCAUCACUGACCUCACCAAGGAUGCGGUGUGUGAGUUGGUGACGAGAGGUUACCUGACAGAAAAGACGUGUGUGCCAGCAGUAGGCUCUAUGCUCCCCCAGUUCAGCCCUGCCGUACACCACCUGGUCUUCAUGUUGUCAUAACCAAGCCUACGUCAC